AUGGCUCACAUCCUAACAAAUUCGCCAAUCGGCCUGAUCGGCCGCUGGCUUUCGGGAGGACGCUUAUUCCAACCCACCGAAAAAAGAUCAGGCUUCGAGCUUCCACCGCCAUAUAAAGACGCUGCAGGUGGUAGAAAUACCCCACUCGACUAUUCGGACUCCUCAGAGGCUAAAAAGGAGAUACGCGCCCAGGGUGACUCCAUAUCCGCUGAUAGCUCCCAGACACACUCUCCGUCAAGCCAGCCAGAACUGGAACAACAAGGAUCGCAGUCUCCAUGGAUCGAGCCAGCUAUCACGCCCGACGGGGCAAUUCAAGUCGAUUGGUACUCCGACCAAGACCCGGACAAUCCGCAUAAUUGGUCGUUUGCCGCGAAGCUUCUGGUAUACAUAGAAGUGAAUCUCUUUACCUUCAUAGUCUACAUGUCAGUCGCUAUCUUUGCAGCUGCAGAGGGGGAAUUCAUGACCGUAUUUGGCGUGUCGCGAUCCGUGAGUGUACUGGGCAUGUCGACGUAUGUGUUAGGGUAUGGCACGGGACCCAUGAUCUGGAGUCCCCUGUCCGAGAUUCCGUCUAUCGGUCGCAACCCUCCCUAUGUGAUCUCCAUCACGAUCUUCCUUAUCCUCGGCAUCCCGACUGCGCUUGUCAACAAUGUACCAGGAUUUAUGGUCCUCCGGUUUCUCCAGGGCUUCUUUGGUUCUCCCGGGCUGGCCACUGGAGGCGCCUCCAUCGCUGAUGUGACCGGGCUAGUGCAACUGCCCUAUGGUCUAUAUGUUUGGGGCUUGUGCUCCAUCGCAGGACCAGCCAUAGCCCCGGUAAUUUCUGGGUUCAGUGUCCCCGUGAAAGGCUGGCACUGGUCCAUGUGGGAGGUCCUCUGGGCCGCGGCUGGCUGUUUCGUGUUUCUCAUCUUCUUGCCCGAAACCUCCGGUCCAGCCAUCCUGCACCUGCGUGCGAAACACCUCAGAGAACUCACAGGAAACCCAUCCUUCCAGUCUCAGUCUGAGAUCAAGGUCAAGAAUGUCUCCCCUAUGCAGGUCGUGUACGAUGCUCUGAUCAUUCCCUGGAAGAUUCAUGCGCUGGACCCCGCCAUCCUCUUUUCCACGGUAUACAUCGGGCUAGUCUAUGCUAUUUUCUACUCUUACUUCGAAGUUCUUCCGAUCGUGUACAUUGACGUCUACAAGAUGAAUCUCGGGGAGCUGGGUCUGAUCUUCCUGGCUUCGGUUGUGGCCACCGCCUUGGUUCUCCCCCUGCUACUAUCUGUUCAUUCACUACUGUCUGAACGCGGACUUUCGCCGGGGGAUAUUCCCUCGGCCCGAAAAGCGACUCAUCCCCGCCCUUUUUGGGAGUUUGAUUGUGCCUGCUGGGCUAUUUAUGUUUGCGUGGACCUCGCGUCAAUCGAUCCACUGGAUAGUGCCGACUAUAGGUCUGCUCAUAGAAGUAGCCGGUAUGACGCUGGUCCUCCAGUGCAUAUUCAGUUAUAUUGCCGUCGCCUAUACGCGCUAUAG